CAUUCCCACCCACUAUUUCCCGUAACAUAAUCUUCAUUUUCCACAUUUUACUCUCCUCCAUUGCUUCCUUCGCAACCUAAUUCUCUCACAACCUCUACCCCUUUUUCAUUUUCUCUUCGUUGAAGUUAGCUUUUUUCUGCUCUUGGUUCCUUUUAUCCAUUGCGUUGUUCAUUCAUACCGAGUUUUUUGUUGCUGUAAAGGAUAUAUUAGCUGUGGAAGAAAACACAAUGGAAUCUAAAUAUUUUGACUCUAAUGGGGAAUUCUCACUAAAGCAAAAAUUGAAAUCCAGUUCAUCAGAGACAACAGCAAUCUCUAGUGGUGACAAUGGUUGCUUUGAUUGCAAUAUUUGCCUGGAAUCAGCACAUGAACCUGUGGUGACUCUUUGCGGUCAUCUGUACUGCUGGCCAUGCAUAUACAAGUGGCUUCAUGUCCAGAGCACCUCUGUUGAACCAGACCAGCAGCCAACAUGCCCGGUUUGUAAAGCUGAGAUCUCUCAUACUUCAUUAGUCCCCCUUUAUGGCCGGGGAACAUCGAAUUCAGAAUCUGAAGCCAAGAAACUCCAGUUGGGUUUGGGAAUACCUCAUAGGCCACCUCCUUACAACUUGAAUGCUAUGUUAACUUCUACUCGCGCAUCAACAUCACAUCCUGGUCAGCAACUCCAUCCAAGUUAUUUCCAGUCACAAUCACGGCCAUUUCAUUAUCAGCAAUACUUCCCUCACCUUUAUGGAGGUUAUGGUGCCAAUGGAUUACCUUAUCUUGGGGGUCCUGCUGUGACUAGUUUUUUUAAUCCUAUGAUUGGCAUGUUUGGGGAGAUGGUCUUGACAAGGAUUUUUGGGGUCUCAGAUGCAAAUUUGUUUCCUUACCCUCAUAAUGGAAGUGCCAGUCCUAGAAUGAGAAGGCAGGAGAUGCAGAUUGAUAAGUCUCUAAACAGAGUUUCUGUCUUUCUUCUAUGCUGUAUCAUUUUGUGUCUUCUCUUAUUCUGAAGACAUUUUAUUUCACAGAUUGUAUAGGCACAUAUCAGGUGCAUUACUGAAUAUUCAUGCUGUUAGGGACCUACUCUAGGUUGUGCGAUCAUGUAGAUAAGUAGGUUUUAGUAUAUGUUAUGAUUAUGAUGAUAUUUUAUCAUAAUCAUAUGUUUAUGUUCAUGAUCUGAAACCAAAUGAUCUUCAAGCCUGAUUAAGGAGUUUGUAACUGAGGAGUGAAGAAGGAUUUUUAUAAAGUAAUAAGGCCUCAAGUGUGACUAUGAACAAAUGUUCUCUUCCCUCCCUCCUUUUUAUUGAGUCAAUUUGUAUUGGAGCUCGUUUA